AUGCGCUGGGAAACGCGCUGCGAGAUGCCAAUGUUCCUACUAAAUGACUGCGUCGAAAAUGAAAAUAUUUUAUACGAUAAUUUAAAUACAAACAUACAUAUCUAUAAUGUGUAGGUUCCCAAAUAUAUAUACGCACAGACAGUUCUGAACGGGCGACAGGCGACAAAUGUUUCAAAAACGAAAUCUUUUAGAAGAAACUACGAUAUAUAGUAAGUUUUAGUACGUAUUAAAUGCAUCAAAUUUUCCCAACUGUGCAAAAAGUACCCAGAACUGAGUCAUCAUAUAACGCCGAACUGCUAUCGCACAAAUUAAAAUGUUUUUUAAGUAUAAGAGCAUAACAGCCAGGUCUCUCAAGGAGAUGAUGAUGAUGGUGAUAAGAGGUAGCAUCUGUUAGUUAAAUUGAUUUCGAAGAAACAAAGAUAUCUACCAUAUAAAUUGAGUUGCUGCGGAAUGACGACACCAGUCAAGUUGGAAAAGUGUCAAGAAAUAGAAUGAUAUCCUUCAAAUUCCUUGGCCCUGUAGCAUACUGUCUGUUAUUCUUGCAAUGUGCAUACGUAAUAGCUGAGAGUGAUCGCACAGAGAUCGAUCUAGUUGAGGCCCCAGGCCCUGGCGACGAUGAAAUAAUACUCGAUGGCACUCUUUAUCCGGGCAACAUUAGCCUCUGCAAGGAUGUUGCCAAUAGAGUGUUUCUGCCGUAUGUAGGAGACUGCAGAAAGUAUUACCUGUGCUGGGAUGGCAAGGCUGUGGAGAAGCAGUGCAAUAAAGACUACGAGUUUAAUGCCCGAAACCAGAGUUGCGGAUAUCCAAAUAAAGCGGCAUGCAUGCCCGAAUGUGAAGAGUUCAAACUGACCACCUUCUGCUACGAUCGCACCUGCACCAAAUACGUGCUCUGCUAUUUUGGCAUACCGGUUCUGAGGGAGUGCCAUGAUGGAUUGCAGUACAAUGCGGAAACGGAUCGUUGCGAUUUCCCUCAAUAUGUGGACUGUGUGGAUAAUGAGUGCAUGCGACUAAAUGACACGACGGAGCUGUUGUUCCUGCCCAGCAAGGCUUCAUGCUCCAAAUACUUCUUGUGCGCAAAGGGCGUACCCAUGAACUACACAUGUGCCGAGGGAUUGUCUUUUAGCACCAGUUGCAAUUGCUGUGAUUAUCCAGAAAAGUCUGAUUGCCAGAUUACAGCAUUGAAGCGCAAUAUUCAGCCAUAUUCCCGUGUACCGCUCCGCAGAGCUGAUGUCAUCUGUCCAAGCCAUGGAGUUCACUUCUACGCCCACAAGUCGCGCCGUGAUGCCUACUACUACUGCUUAAAAGGACAUGGUGUUACCUUGGAUUGCACGCCGGGUCUGUGGUACGAUGCAAGUGUACAGGAAUGUCGUGAGCCCAAAUUUAUUGGCCACGUAGUAGUCGCUGCAGUUGCCGAUCGCUGGCAGGAACAGAUUGUCGACCACAUUGGAGCAAAUGUUAACUUCCGCCAGUCCACCGUCAAUGAGCAAUGCCAGGGACAGCACCAUCAGCAGUUGGUUGAUCUAAUUGUUGCACCUGAUCCGGAAGACGAUGUAGUGAAUGAUGAUGGAACUGUCCACCCAUUAGAUGAAAACGGCAUAAAUCUGAGCGAAGGUAUGGCAGAUUCAUUGCUGCCCUAUGUAGGCAACUGUUCCAGCUAUAUAAUCUGCGAAGGUGGUAAUAUAUCUUCUUACGGAAACUGUUAUGAAGAUGGAGCUUUUGAACAAGUUUGCGCUGAUGAUGCCACAGGUUGUGAGGUCCUUUUUGAUUACAAAUUCCAGGCUUGCGUAGGCAGCCUCGAAAAUGAUGUAAAGUGUCUGCCCGAAUGUGAAGAGUUCAAUCUGACCAGCUUCUGCUACGAUCGCACCUGCACCAAAUACGUGCUAUGCUAUUAUGGAAUACCGGUCCUGAGAGAGUGCCACGACGGGUUACAGUACAAUGCGGAAACGGAUCGCUGUGAUUUUCCCGAAUAUGUGGACUGUGUGGAUAACGACUGCCCUGAUCAAAUGUCAAUCUCAAAUAUUGUAUAUCUGCCCAGUAAGGCGCAGUGCUCCAAGUAUUUCAUCUGUUCCGAUGGCAUGGCUUGGCCACAGGAGUGUGCCAGUGGCUUGGUCUUUAAUCCCGAAUGCAAUUGCUGUGAUUAUGCCAGCAAAGUUGAGUGCCAAAAAACGGCCCAGCAGCGCAAUAUCCAGCCCUAUUCCCGAUCACCGCCUCGCCGUGCUGAUAUCACCUGUCCUAGCCAAGGUAUCCACUUCUAUGCCCACAAGUCGCGCCGCGAUGCCUACUACUAUUGCGUUGAGGGUCAUGGGGUUACCCUGGACUGUACUCCUGGCUUGUUGUACGAUUCCAAGAUACACGAAUGCCGUGAGCCUAAAUACAUUGCGGUCUAAAUC